CGAGAGAACAGCUGCUAACAAGAUGCACACAGCUAGCGCAAUGUACAAUAUAGAGGUACCUGCAAGCUAGUUUAUGAUUACUUAAGUAAAAAACCCGCUGACAUUGUUUGCCACAGACAGCAGCAGAAAUGGCGGGGAUUAUUAAAAAGCAAAUCCUGAAACAUUUGUCAAGGUUUACUAAGAACCUGUCCCCAGACAAGAUAAACCUGAGCACACUGAAGGGGGAAGGACAGUUGUCUAACCUGGAGCUUGAUGAAGAGGUUCUUCAAAACAUGCUCGAUCUGCCAACCUGGCUGGCUGUCACUCGGGUCUACUGCAACAAGGCCGCCAUCCGGAUACAAUGGACAAAGUUAAAAACAAGCCCCAUCUGCUUGUUCUUGGAUAAGGUAGAGGUUGAGAUGAGGACAUGUGAAGAGCCUCGUCCACCCAACGGCCCAUCUCCUAUUGCUAUAACAGCCGGCCAGAGCGAGUACGGCUUUGCAGAGAAAGUGGUGGAGGGCAUGUCUGUCAGAAUCAACUCCAUUACCAUCAAGGUGCAGGCUCGUGCCUUUCAUGCCUCCUUUGAGCUCUGGCAGCUGCAGGGAAACAGUCUCAACCCCAAAUGGCAAUUCAGUGACCUUCGUUACACCCGCAUCACUGACCCCAAGAGAGGAGAGGUGUUGACAUUUAAAGAAAUUAACUGGCAGAGUCUACGGAUCGAGGCGGAUGCCAUCGAGAGUGAUGACCAGGACCUCGGUAACACCCCAUUACGUCUCAUAACCAACCAGGGUCGCAUUCGCAUUGCUCUGAAACGCAGAAUAAAGGACUGUAACGUGCUCGCAUCCAAGUUGCUUUUCAUUCUGGACGAUCUGUUGUGGGUUCUGACGGAUUCUCAGCUCAAAGCCAUCAUUCAUUAUGCCAAGUCUCUCAGUGAGGCCAUGGAGAAGUCGGCCCAGCAGAGGAAAAGCAUGACUGCAGAAUCCUUGCAGACUGCACCUCCAUCACCUGGAAUCCAUAGCUUGUGGACCGAACCCCCACCUUCCUCCACAGGCAACCCCAACAACAUCAGUCAAUACUUCGAUCACUUUGAUGUCAAGGAGUCUUCCUACCACACCUUCAUAUCACGCUUGGACUUGCACAUAUGCAAUGACAGUUCUUCAGUGGAUGAUGAUGAGCCUCCCCCACCGGGCUUGCAGGGUGCCAUGCAGCUGACAUUCAGGAAGCUGGGGUUUGACUACUAUCCCAUCCACAGACCUGCUGAUGGGUGUCAACACUGGGAACGUCACAGUGGAGCCAUGGAGGCUCAGGCGCAGUGGGCGGGGAAACUGUUGCGGGAGUAUCAGAGAAGAGCAGAGGCUUCCGGGUUCCCGGGUCCGCAUACCAAUGUGCCCCAGCCAGCCAAGGACUCCCCUGCUAAGACAGUGCAAGAUGGACAAUCCAGCCCCAAGUCGAACCCCUCUGAGAAUAAGCCGACCAACAGGAACUCUGUGACCGCUCCUUUAGGGUCAUCACUGAAGAGGCUGCGCUCCAGCUGUGUGGUGAUCAGGAUGGAUGAUGUAGACAUUCACCAGGUGUCAACAAGGGGCCGUCAGAACAAGAAAACCCACUCGUUAAUAUCCUGCAACCGGAAAACUCUGCGUUUGCCUGAUAACGUACCUGCAGUUCAUCUGCAGUUUACUGAGUACUACUUUCCUGACAACCCUACUUUUCCAGUGCCCACCUCUAACCUGUAUGCCCAGUUAAACAGCCUCCAGUUAUGUGUGGACCCAGCCAGCUUGUUGUGGAUCAAUCUGUUUUCCAGGGGUCUCCUGCACACCCUGGAGCAGGUCAAAGCGUUCUACCAUUUGCAAGACAGUAAAAAAGUUGACGAGCAUGUAGACAUCCGGAUGGAUGCAGCUGAACUGAAGCUCAUAAUUCCUCUGGAUUCAUCCAUACUGGACCAUCCAGAACGUCCACAGUCUCUAUCUGUUAAUAUACCCCAGAUGGUUCUCAGUAACAGCCGUCACUGCCCUCAUGGCUCCAGAGCUGACCUCAGCAGUACAUGUGAAAAGUUCACAAGCAGCCCUUUCUUCCAGACAACACCACCUUGCCCCUACCCUAGAAAUCUGAGUGCCUUCCAACCCAUUCCUUCCACCUUCCUUCAGCACUCUCAAGAAAUGGAUCCCCAAUCUCUGGACAGAAAGCAGCUCCGUUCUGAGGAUAUCUGGUCUCUCAGUCUGUCUCGUGUCACUCUGGGUUUUGAUGGAGCACGUCGAUUCCCCAAAGGCAAAACCCAACCUUUUGUUGAGCCCUUUGCCAUGUCCAUAUGGAUGUGUCAGCCAUCUGCCAUGAAAAGUGAAUCAUUGUCUUCCCCUUCUAGCCCCAAUGGAGCUCACCAACUUUCUUCAGAGAAGGAACAUCAUCAGGAUGAGGCUUCGAAUGCUUCUAUCCACUUCCUUGCCCACACCGUCACCCCACUGAAGAUGUGGCUCAAUCACUACCAGUAUGUUGCCCUACUGAGGAUGAAGGACUCAAUGGCUCGUUUGGCGUCAGAGUUGAGUCGGGAUGUACGAGGUGUUAAAAAGGCUCACGGACAGAAGACAAAACCAGUUACAGUUUGUCUUGCUCUUCUGGUGGACUCAGUGGAAUUGGGUCUACUUUUGCCACCAGUCUGCUCUGAGCCAGAGGGAGAGGUCCCCCAGUCUCCAGAAACAGACAGUCCCAGUAUAACAGACUCUGACAUCUCCCCAACUCAUCACGGUGUAGAUAAUGUUCUAGAGGAUGGUGGGUUAGAAAACGGCAUCUCCUCCAUAAAUACAGCCACCGAUGCAUUUGAUCAGGAUGAACAAGAUGCGGUGGUGGAGGAGGCAUACGAGGCUGUGGAGGACGAGCUGGAGGGCAAUGGAGUGACAGCACACGAGGGCACAUCUGUUCUCUCGCCUCCCCUCUCACCUGGACCCUCCCCAGCCAUCUCCCGUGAACAGUCAACCUUCAGUCUGGAGGGAGAGCUGUCGAGCGCUAUUAGUGUCACCAAGGAUGUCACCAAAGAUGCCAUUAGUGCCUCACUGGACCUGACUAAAGGGGCAUUUACAAUUACAAAAGAUGCCUUUAGCAUGCUAAGUCGUGGCUCAGGUGUGAGCAAAUUGUUCAGCACGCAGACAAAGGAACAAGGUCAGCGUUCAGAAGAUUCCUCCCCCUCUUUGCGCCAACAGCCCAUGAAGCAGUCACACUCCCAGCAAUCCUUUGAUAGUGCCAUCUUGGAUGGCAGCUUGCCUGAUGAAAGUCUUUCUGUUGACAGUGAUUUCAGCGACAACUUUGUUGUUCUCAUGGACUCAGAAUCAGGGAUGGAGUCGAUGCGUCCCAACAAUACACCUGUGGGCAGUCGAGGCAGCCCGGCCCCGGGGACAGAAGGAGGCUCAUCAGCUGAUCUUAGCAGCUCCCUCUCGCAAAGUACUGAGGACAUGUCUCAGGACAUGUCUUCAGUGUUGUUACUGAUCCUGAGUGGAACAGCUUGUACCAUGGAGGCACAAGGUGAAGACCAAGUCAUGGCGUUCCAAGCACAGAAUCUGGCCAAUGUGGAGUUGGGCAACGUCAAGCAGUCAGACCUUCUAGCUGGACAAUUACAAGGUGAACCGAUUCAGAGGCAGGACGGGCAGACGAACAGGGACACACCUGCACUGUGCAUGCGGGCAGAAAUGGGCCCAUCUGCAGCUCAGCGCUCUGCUCUGGCCGAGUCGCUGGGCUUUCUGGACGUGAGGGUGCAAAACUGCCAGGCAGACCUGUUAGCCUCAACGGUGGCUAACAUUGGUCCUUUCCUUGAAGAUGAAUUUAGUGUUGAUGGACAGCCAAUGAGGCUACAAGUGUGUAAUGUCAUCAUUACUAUGAAGGACGAUGGCCCCAGGAUCUACCCUACAUCCCCCCAACCCGUCCCGGCCAAAUUUGUUAUCGAUCAGCUAGUCCUUGAGCGAGGUGAUGAUGGCUUUAUGAGAAUAAAAGCUGAAGGUGCAGACUCUAAAUCCUCAGCAGAUGUUCCUGUGGUUGGCCGUAAUAACCCUAACAGCUACAACCAUGUCCAACAGCAGUGUGACAGACAAACCUUGGAGUCCAGGCUUUGUGAUGCACAGGCUGCCCUCAACCAGGCCCUCGAGGAGAGAGAGCGCCUCCUUGUGGAAGUCAGGAAGUACAACCCCACGUUUACUCUCUGAGCGUCUUUGUGGUUGACUUCUGAAUCUGGAUGUGUCAGGCUGAACGGGUUUCAUGAUGAUGUCACAUUCACCUGCUGUGCCAUGCAAAAAGGAGGAGAUGGACAUAUUGAAAGACUCACAAAGUUUUUUUCUACUGUGGAUGUAUGUACCGAGGUGAUGUUGUGUUCAUGCCUUGUGGAUUACUUGCACUUGUGAGGUCAAUUCACUGGAAAUUGCACUUGUUUUAAUGUAGAUCACCUCAAAAUUAUGCAGAGGAUUCAUUGUGGAAACAUUAAAUGGCACAGAUGUUGGAAAAGGGUGGAUAAUAUUUCUGUCAUGUGUGUAGAAUUACAUCACUUCACUGAGACUAAUAUAAAACUGGUUCUGUGAACCAAAGCUACAAUGUUGAAAAGAUUUUAA